UUACGAGCAUGAAAAGAACGCACCAAAUGAGUCCAGGAAGUGACUACUGAUUGACAUCCAUACAGGACUUUAUCACGCAUUUUAUUAAUCGUUAGAGGGGUUUUAGUUUGUGCUUACGCUUUGUGUCCUUGUCGAUUUGAAACAGAUUCUAGUUCCAGUCACAGCGAGGCAGCAAAUGUUGAUAAAGAAGAGAAGCCAUUGGUGCCUGAUAGCUUCAGGUAUGGUGUCAUUAGUCCUGUUCAUGACGCUGCUGUACAGCGGCAGCAGUGGCGGCGGGCUGCGCCGGUUCAGCUCCAGCCUGAGACACGACUACCAGCUGAUGGGCAGACCGCUAUACAAACUGGACUUGGGCUGGCCCAAGAACCCGGAGAUCUUCACCGGAGAGGUGUUCUGUGUGGCUGUCAACCAGGAUGCGGCGGUGGUGUACGUAGCACAGAGAGGAGCUAAUGUCCCCAAGGUGCUGGUCUUCACCACAGAAGGAGAGUUUCUCAUGUCAUGGAACACAACCACUCUGGAGAUGCCUCAUGGGAUGUUUUUAGCAGAUGCAUCCUCCAAAGAUCCCACCAUUUGGAUCACUGAUGUCGGGGGUGGUCCAUAUGGCCAUUCCAUCAAACAGUACUCCCCAUCAGGAAAGCUUUUGCAGGUGCUUGGGACUCCAGGUAAAGCAGGUUCUGGGUUGGACCCUCUGCAGUUUGACCAGCCAGCUGAGAUUUUUGUCCAUGAAUCAGGUGAAAUGUAUAUUGUGGACGGUGAUGGAGGCAUGAACAACCGCCUCAUCAAGCUCUCUAAAGACCAGAAAGUGUUGUGGAUGCACGCAGAGAAAGGACAAGGCCUGGCUCAGUUCUACAUUCCUCACAGCGUGUCAGUGGAUAGUGCCCAGAGAGUGUGGGUGGCUGACAGGGGCAACAAAAGGAUCCAGGUGUUUAACUCCAUCACAGGGGACUGGCUGGGCACAUGGGGCAGCUGCUUCACAGAGGAUGCACCCUACUCUGUUCGCCUAACUCCAGACAAAAAAUAUUUUGUUGUUGUACAGCUAAACACCAAUCAGAUUACACUGCUGGAUGCACCACCUGUUGGGUUAAUUGGUCAGUGCAAAGUGGCAAGCGUCAUCCAGCUGGCGGAAGAUGUGAAGCCCCACCUGGUUGACCUGGAUCUAAAGGCCGGAGCUUUGUAUGUGGCAGAGAUCGGAGCUCAACAGGCUCAGAAAUUCACUCCUUUUAGUCUGGGUGGAAGUUUGCUUUGAAUGCAUGCUGAGUUAAAACUGAAAUAUUGAAUUGGAAGAGCUCAGAUGUAACAGAGAUUCCAGUUUUAAAAUGUGCCAGGAUGUCGGUAAGAUUUCUAAUUAUGUUUUAGAAAAAAUAAAUAAAUAAAUAAAAUCCUCUCAAGCUUAAUAUUACAUGUCCUAUAUAUCGUCUGGUAAAUCUUUCUCUAAGAAAUCUCGUCGUGAACUGAAAGUUUACCAAUUGUUUGAAUGACCUUUAUUGUUUCUGCUGUUUAGUGCGUGUAUGUGCCAUGUCCCUGCCAGGUUGCACUGCUUGAAUACAUCAAAAUCCAUAUGAAGAUGAGUUUAUUUUUUUCAUCCUGCUGUUGACUCUUGAAGCUGUUUGUGCUUCAUGCUGACUCAGUUUGUACUUUACAAGAUUUAACCUGACAUUUAUUCUCAGUGACGUGACCCAUGUUUCAACUUUAUAAUGGGAAUUGUUUUGCACUUUUUUUUCCUGAGUCAGAGUUGAUUCUAAUGGAAUGCUUGUAAUUUACAUGUAAAAGUAAUCAUACCGUAAGUAAGCUUGUAAGUGAUGAAAGUGAAAAGAAUUGUUGAUAUUUCUCUGUGGUUCAAGGCUGAACCAACUGUCUGAAAGAAUAAUAUGAGUUUGGAAUUCAGGCUCUGGUUUACUUUGAAGUAUAGUUGUUCUGUUGGCGUUAGGGUAUAAAGACGAUACUUUUUUUUUUAUUAUUUUUGUGUGGUUUUCAAGUUUUUUUUAUUCUUUUGUUUGUGAUUAAAAUCAGGGAUAUUAAUGAUGGAUACAUUGUAAAAGUAUAAUUGUUCUGUUCUUUUGGUUUUAGUAUUUAGAAAUGAGUUUCUAUGAAAUUAUUGUGAAUUAUAGUUCCCUUGACUGUGGUCGAAAAAUGUCAUGACUCCUAACUUAUUGAAAAUGAAGAGAAGUGAGGAUGGUGGAAGCUAACCACUAGUGACACCAUCUGUAGCUGGCGUUAGCUACUUAAACAUCUCAGUCUGUUAAUGUUUGCUAACAUGAUAAAGUAUACCAUUUUAUUAACAUCUUUAGUUUUCAUUUUAAACAGCUUGUCAGUUUAAACAAUGUAGACAAGGGAUCUAUCACUGUAAUGUUUUAUAGAACCUCACUUAAGUAUUGAGGUUAAAACCUGUCUUAUUUAGAUGUUUUGUUAAGAUGAUUUUUUCUUCUAUUGUCAUAAAGCCUGCAAUUUCCUUCAAUGUUGAGUGUUUUUAUUUUAAAUAUCAUUACAUAUAUCACUAUGUAAUAAACAAAAUUAAGGCAGAAUGUGAAAGCAGUGUAUGAGAACUCAAGUCUACAUGAUUUGUUUGGAAACCUCCCUUUUUCAGAGUCUUACAUUGCUGCUAAAGAAUUCAGUCAAACUACUUUAUAUUGUUGCUUCAGUUCAUUGAAUGUUCCUCCUAGCAACUCAUCAAAACAAGUCAUACACCUGACUGUCUGACUGUGCUGCCAUCACUUUAACUUCCACCUUUGGGAAUUUUGACAGCAGUCAUAAACAUUUUCUAAGUAUUCUUACUUCAGUGGCUUGAAAUAGCAUUACAACCCUUCUUAGACUGAUGGAGAGCAACAGUUGCUGAAAGAAUGUGAUUUAUUUAUCUAUUGUGUGGUCCAGACUUGUUUGCACCACACCAUCAAACUGAUAAAAGUCCUGCUGUUCUGGAGAUGGACACGUACUCUGAUGAUGAGUUAUAAAUACAUUUGAUUAGCCUGGCUGCUACUUCUUGUUUUAAUUAUUGUGGAAGCAUUAAGAAGUGUAGUUUCUCCUGCAGUCUG